AUGAUGGGAUCUGUGGAAGAGAAAUUAGACAUUGUAUCGGAUGAGGAGAUACUGUUUAGUGGGCCCCAGUCGACGAACAAAGUGCACCCGUUAAAUUUCGAAUCAUCUAACAUCUUGUUGAAUCGAAGAUUUUCGGCUUCUUGGGUAUUAAGAAAAGUGCACCGUAACAGCAUAUUGAGAAGUAUAUACAUUGUCCUUAUCAAAGCUAAGAUUAACGUUCUGCUGCCGUUUGGACCACUCGCAAUUAUGCUACACUAUCUUACUGAACUUCAUGGCUGGGUGUUUUUCUUUAGCCUACUUGGUAUUACUCCAUUAGCCGAGCGAUUGGGUUAUGCUACUGAGCAACUAGCAUGUUAUACGGGCCCAAUCGUUGGUGGCCUUCUUAAUGCGACAUUUGGCAAUGCUACCGAGAUGAUAAUUUCAAUGUAUGCUCUGAAAAAUGGGAUGAUUAGAGUUGUUAAGCAGUCUUUGCUCGGGUCCAUCUUGUCUAAUAUGCUUUUGGUGCUCGGAUGUGCCUUUUUCUGUGGCGGGAUAGUUCAUCAUCACAAAGUUCAAAUAUUCAAUAAGGCCACUGCCCUAGUGAAUUCAGGACUGUUAUUGAUGGCUGUUAUGGGAAUUUUAUUUCCAGCUGUGCUUCACUUCACUCACACGGAGUUGCAUAAAGGAAAAUCGGAGAUUGCUCUUUCCCGAGUUAGUAGCUGCAUAAUGCUGAUUGCUUAUGCUAGCUACCUUUACUUUCAGCUCAAGAGUCAACAAAAUCUAUAUUCUUCUCUCGAUGAGUCGAAUGAUAAUAAUGAUGAAAGUUCGGAUGAAGAUGAAGUUCCCGAGAUUACACACUGGGAAGCAAUUGCGUGGCUUUCGAUUUUGACUUUGUGGAUAUCCAUUCUAUCUGGAUAUCUCGUUGAUGCAAUUCAGGGGGCUUCGGAUUCAAUGAACCUUCCCAUUGCUUUUAUAAGUGUUAUUUUGCUUCCGCUUGUGGGUAAUGCUGCAGAACACGCCAGUGCUAUCAUGUUCGCAAUGAAGGAUAAGCUUGAUAUUUCACUUGGAGUUGCAAUUGGAUCAUCUACUCAGAUAUCAAUGUUUGUGAUCCCGUUUUGUGUAAUUGUUGGUUGGUUCAUGGGAAAGCCUAUGGAUUUGAACUUUCAACUCUUUGAAACCGCGACUCUCUUUAUCACCGUAUUAGUCGUGGCAUUUAUGCUUCAGGAAGGCCAAUCGAAUUAUUUUAAAGGUUUAAUGCUCAUUCUUUGCUAUCUCAUUGUGGCUGCUAGUUUCUUUGUGCACGUUGAUCCUUCGAAUGAUGAUGAUUAA